AAACAUCCAGCAAUAAAAUUGGGCUUUUCUGUUUUUUUUGUUUUGUUAACAACAAGGAUCUACAAGAAUCAGCAGAACAUGUCACUCGAGUUUAUCUACAUAUAUUUAAUACUGUCUUGCUUACUAACAACAUAGAUUUAUUUAAGUAUGUAUGUACAAUCUUGGUGGCUCACUGUAUAUCCACAUGUAUGUGUGCCCGUUUGGGGGGGGGGGGGGGGGGUACUAACCACCAGGACCAGCCCAGUGAUGACAGCCUGAUGUCUCUGUGGGCCAGGAAUGGUCCUAUCCAAGUUUAUGUUGCCAAGUAUAACUACGACCCAUUUAAACUUUCGCCCAAUGAGAACCCGGAGGCAGAGCUGGUUCUGGCAGCUGGAGACUAUGUCCUUGUUGCUGGGGACAUGGAUGAGGAUGGCUUCUACGACGGAGAGUUGAUUGAUGGCAGCCAGGGUCUUAUUCCUUCCAAUUAUAUUGAGAAGGUCAAAGAUGAGGACCUCUGUUUGUUCCAUGAGGUGUUGUUGCAUGCAGGACACUGGAACCCUCCAUGCCCCAGGAACCUAUGGCUAGAUCAACAACUGCCGGACAGUGUACACAUCAGCUGGACAGCCCCGGAACCCAGCGCUGGUCUGCAGGUGCACUGCUAUCAUGUUCUGGUGGACGGAGAGACUAGAGCUGUAGUUGGGGGCAGUGACAGAACAAAAGUCCAACUUGAGGGGAUCAGUGCCAACAGUACCUGUCGGGUUUGUGUUCGAUGCCUGUCUAACCAAGGUCAGUCCAGAGACGCCCAGUGCACCAUGCUUGUUGGAAAAGACGCUUACCCGGUACCUGAAGAAUUGAAGCUUCUCCACCUAUCAUCAACUUCUGCAGUAUUAACUUGGUUGCCUGGCAACAGCAACUACCAGCAUUCUGUCAGUGUCAACGGACAGGAAAUGGCUGUGGUCCGACCAGGUGUUUUCUGCCACAUGUUGUCAGAACUACAACCUGGCACACAAUAUCAAGUCACGGUGAUGGCCAGGAGUGCCUCGGGUGUCUUCUCUAACAUCACAUCUCAGAGCUGGCUGCAGCAGGUGUCUGCCAGCCUCCAGUUCUCCACACCUGUCACAGCUAGGCUGAACUCACCACCGUUACUGAGGGAAGACAGCGAGGGUGGAGCCAAUGAUUUAGCCAUGCAGCCUGUCUGUCAGGUUUGUGAUAUUCUCCUGGUGGGUUCGCUGGAUGUAGAGGAACAGAAAGGACUGGAAACUGAUGAAGAGAUUGAAGAAGCCUUCCGACUGGUUGAGGAUUUGAAUGAGGCUGUGGAUGGACUCAGUGAAUCCUCCUACUCCAACUCCAGUCGUUCAGAACUCUCAGACAUCCCUGAGGUGGAGGAAGACCUUCUGGGCUCACAAGAUUCUCAGCUGAACCAGGCUGGGGCAGUUCAGGUGGCUUUAAGGUCUCUAGUGUGGACACCUGACAGACCAGCCCCCGGUGGAGCCGAUGACCAGCCCAGAGAGUUUCAUGCUGAGAAACCUGCACAGUUUGAUGGAAAACCACUGGCUGCUCCGACACCUCGCACUCCUACCAUGGCCAUGCAGAAUCCUGUCACCCAACAUUUGGUCCCUGCAAGUGUAGAGGAGCAAGAUCUGCCUUCCACCGACAGCACACCUGCAGAUGUGCCCACCUGUGACCAGCCAGCUGGGGAUGUUCACAUUUCUAGAGCUUUCCUCACAAUGGACCAGACUCAGCAGAAGAACAUUCUUAACCAGUUACAUCUGAUCAGUGUGGGAGUCAGUGUGGCUGAUGAAUGUAUAGGUCUGCAAGACCAGACCUACAAGACCCAACCUGGGUUCAGUGAUCCAGCCAAACUGUUCUCUGAUAACUCCAGGCUGGAUCUUGUCAAGGAGACCCCGACCCAGGAACUUACAGAAAAUGACACUCAGCCAGGUAACCAUGUGACUACAUUACCGACAUCUUCCUUUGAAGCGACAGAAAGUUCUGAUGAUCCCGGGGAGGUUUCAGGUGACCUAAGUCCAGUGGUGAAGGCAAACUCAGUUCGGUUAUUUAUGGCUUUAUAUGACUAUCACCCAGCCACAAUGUCUCCAAAUAUGGACUCCGUUGAUGAAGAGCUCUCCUUCAGGGAGGGACAAAUACUGAAGGGAGAGAGUAAUGGUAUCAGGGGUUACAUCCCCUGUAAUCUGGUCUGUGAGGUGCAUAUUGAUGAUCCCAAGCUUCACCAGCAGCUGCUGCAGGACAUAGCAGGAGAACCUCAUGCUGGUAGGACCACUUGUCAUUGCUAUUCUCUCCCUCCCUCCCCAGCUUCCCACCCUCUGGAGCUGCCCCUGAGAGCUGGUGAUGUUGUGACCAUCUAUGGAGACAUGGAUGAAGAUGGUUUCUUUACUGGAGAAGUCGGUGACAGGUGUGGCCUGGUGCCCUCCAACUUUCUACAGCCUGUCCCCUCCAGCAACUACAGGCACUCUACUUAA